GUCACAGGGGUCCCCUCUGAACCUCGGUUUCCUUUUCUAGGAAGUGAAACUGGAACCUGACUUCUGAGGGCUGUCAGGAGGACCGGAAGAGAAAACUGCCACCUUGACUGUUGUCGUGGCCACCCAUCUCCUUCCUGCCUGGCCCACGCGGCCCCCAUCGUUCAGAGUCGCCCGAGGUGGUGUGGCGGCGAUGCUGGCGGCCAGGGAUGCAGGCCAGGAGGCUGGCCCGCGUGAUCCCGGCAACAAGGACAGGGACCUGCGGGUGCUGUCCCAGGAACUCUGCCAACUCCAGGCCAAGCAGAGGAAGCUGAAGAGGGAGGUGGAGAAGCACAAGCUUUUUGAAGACUAUCUGAUCAGGGUCCUUGAGAAGAUCCCCAAGGGCCAUAACCAAAGGGAGGAGCCGGAGGAAACCCUGUUGGCGGCCAUGGUGGAGCACUAUGGGAAGCUCUUCGCAGUCAGCCAGGACAUCCAGAAGCGUCUCGAGGCCUUCUUUGAGAUGAACCAGGCCGUCCACAAGAGUCUGGAGUCUCUAGAGGAGGGCCACAGGGCUCUGAUCCCGUGCCUCAGGAUCCGGCUGUGCCAGCUGCAGAGGAGGUGUCACCGCAAGCAGGAGCAGUGGCAGCGGCUGGAGCGUGGCGUCACCCACCAGAAAGCCACGGGCAGCGGUGAGGUGGGAAGCAAGGAAGCCAUGGCUGAUCAUGACUCUGAAGACCUGAAGUGCGGGACUCUGGAGCUGCCCCGAAACGAGCUGCUCAACUAUGUGCAAGCGGCCAUCAACGACAUGGCCCAGCAGUGCUGCUCCUCUGCCCAGGCUGUGCCCAGGGGCCUGGGCCUCUUCUCCAAGCUCGACCUGAUCCAGGAAUUCAUGUUGGACAAAAUGGAGACUGUGAGAUUCAUCUCACUGCUCACAGAACCCAUCAUGUGCUGGACAGCAAACAAUCCCAAGGACCAGGGCCGCAGAAGCUACCGCAGACCCUUCCGGAAACAUUCAGUGAGUGAAGACCCAACCCCCAGGAACCUCUUCGCCAGCACCCAGACCUCAGAGUGCUUCGGCCUAUGCUGA